AUGUUUCACCAAGUGAAAGUUCCAGAAGACGAUAUGAACUGUCUUAGAUUCUAUUGGUGGCCGGAUGAUGAUUUAAGUCGUAACCCAGAGGUGUAUAGGAUGGCAGUUCAUUUGUUUGGUGCCAAAUCAUCACCUAGCUGCUCAAACACAGCUUUACGCCGAACUGCUAUAGAUAAUAAUGAAAUGUUCAAAUCUGAUGUUGUCAACACAGUUCUCAAGAAUUUCUAUGUAGACGACUGUCUCAAAUCAUAUGAGACUGAAGCAGAUGUGAUAUCCAUGGUCCAGGAUCUGAUUGAAAUAUGUCGUCGAGGAGGUUUCAACUUGACCAAAUGGGUUAGUAAUAGUCAUGCUGUUUUGGAAUCUGUACCUAAUGAAGCCAGGGCAAAGAAUGUGAAACAGUUGGACCUGAGUCGUGACCAUCUUUCAACGCAGCAUUGGAAGGAUGAACCAGAUGCUCUUGGAUUCCAGAUUAAUAUUCAAGACAAACCCCCGACUAGAAGAGACAUCUUGUCAGUGGUCAGUUCUGUUUUCGAUCCAAUUGGGUUGGCAGCUCCCUUUAUUCUGCCUGGCAAGAUUCUUUUGCAAGAGUUGUGCCACCAUGGCAUCGGCUGGGAUGAUGAAAUCAGCAAGAAGGACCUACAGAAAUGGCAUGGAUGGGAAGUAGACCUUCCACAGUUGAAGAAGAUAUCUGUACCAAGGUGUUUUAAGCCAGUCGACUUUGGAAAGGUGGUUUCGUGUCAAGUGCACAAUUUCUCCGACGCCAGUGAGAGAGGCUAUGGUAUGGUGUCAUAUCUCCGCUUGGUAAAUCGAUAA